CUUUCUAGACAACUAUUGAUCAGCGAUGCCUUGGUGAAUGCUUUCCAUUCGAAACUUGCUUUAUACGUGAAACAGCCACUUGUCAAAUCACCGAAUGUGACAGACCUAAUUUACUUGACAACACUAGCGUGAUUCUAGGCUCGGAGGUUUCCGUUGGGUCAAAGGUUUUACAUACGUGCCUGGAUGACAGGGAUAUGUCAUCUGUUUCAAUUUGUGGAAUUGACGGACAAUGGACACUUGAAGACUUCACAUGUCCAACAGUGUUUGCUUGUCCAGAUGGAUGGGAAAUGUUUCAGGAUUCGUGCUACCUUUUUGUUGAUUCGUGUAAGAGCUUCACGAAUGCAGAGAAUAACUGUCGCAGCCUAGAUGCUAGAUUGGUCCACGUAGAAUCCGGCGAGGAGAAUACGUUCCUGCGUAGUUACCUCAGUGGUCUCCCAAUGGCGGACUACUGGAUCGGUAUGACAGACGAAGACCAAGAGGGCAACUGGAAGUGGUAUGGUAAUGGAGUUGAUGUGCAAUUCUUUGACUGGAAGCCAGGUGAAGCAAGUUCAAACCGUCAUGAAAACUGUGCUGUUUUUGGUGAUACCAUCUCUUACACGUGGGCCGAUGUUGCUUGUGGGUCAAGGAGAAAAAGUGUCUGUGAAAUGACAAAUCCAGAAUAAACAGUUUGAAUUCAUGAACUGCAAAUCUUAUUGUUAAAAUUAUGAUAUAUGUUAAGACUGAGCAAUAAUGUUUAUGACGUAGUCUCCGGUAGAGGGUAUUAGAAAUGUUAAUGUAAGAACAGAACAUUAAAUGUAUAUAA